AUGGUGAAAAGUAUUUUUGACCUUGGGGAACAAAUUCAGAACCUGAUUGGCUAUGACGAGCCGCUUAGUCCUAAAAUUUCGGUCGAAAAGCCUGAUAUGGAAAUGAGAGCAUCGGGAUCGCCAACAAAUGUCGAAGCAUUUGUAGAUUCUCAAGUGAACAUGAAAACUAAGACAAACGCUCCCCAACUUCCGCAAAAUUUUGCUCGAAGAGAUCUUGCUCGCUUGAUGAAUACCAUGGUCGUCGUUGUCACAUCAGAGAAAGUUCAGACUGUUCCUCAAUUUCAUGUCAUCAGUGAAACGGGUAUCAUUGCCUUGAAAGGUUCUGAUCAAGAGGUGAUUUGUCCAAGACAGCAAUUGACAUUACAUUUGGCAAUGAUUCCGGAAGAUUCAACAGAAUCUACCCUGACUCAGGAGUUCCGGAAGUUUGGCACCAUCACAAGUAUCAACAUCUGCCAAACAAGUUCUCUUCUUUCCUCCGGAAUACGUUUGAGAUAUGCCUUUGUGUCAUUUGCGACUGAGAAACAAGCGCUACACGCAAAACAGACCCUAAAUGAAGAUAAGAAUUCGUUUUGGUAUUGCAAGAUCCAAUUUGCCAAAAGACCGUUCGGAACGAUUAAGAACCUGAUAGUGGAUUCGCAGUUCCGUCAUGCAAUCGUAACAUUCAAGUACAAAUGCGAUGCUGAGGAAGCAGUAAGAGUGCUUGCAGACGAGAAAUCUUUGAUUGCAUCCUACACCCACCAAAAAUCUACGUGUCUCAUCUAUGCACAUCAAAAAUCAAAGUCAAGCACCCAAGCACUUGUUGAUGACAUCAAGAUUGAGAUGUAA